UAAAAAAUAAAAAUAAAGGCCAGAAAAUUCUUUCUCUUGUAAGACAAUCGGAGAGAUCUGCAAAAAACAGGAGCUGCAGUCAGAUCUUUGAACACAAAACAUUAUCCGUUUGAUCCAAACAAAACCCAGAAAAAGAAAACCCCACUACUUUAUAUACAAAUAUAUAUAAAGAAAAAUAAUGAAUAUAUUCAGAUUAGUAGGGGACAUGACCCAUCUGGCUAGUGUCCUUGUUUUGCUCCUUAAGAUCCACACCAUCAAAUCAUGUGCUGGCAUUUCUCUAAAGACUCAGGAACUCUAUGCUCUUGUGUUUGCCACUCGCUACUUAGACAUAUUCACUCAUUAUGUCUCAUUUUAUAAUACCGUGAUGAAAUUGAUAUUCCUGGGAAGCUCAUUCUCUAUUGUCUGGUAUAUUCGACGCCACAAGUUGGUUCGGAGAUCUUAUGACAAGGACCAUGACACCUUUCGGCAUUUAUUUCUUGUGCUGCCCUGCCUAAUUUUGGCCUUGCUAAUACAUGAAAAAUUUACCUUUAGAGAGGUAACAUGGACAUUCUCCUUGUAUCUGGAAGCGGUUGCCAUACUUCCUCAACUAGUACUGUUGCAGAGGACAAGAAAUAUUGACAACCUGACAGGACAAUAUGUCUUUCUCCUAGGCGCAUACAGAGCAUUGUACAUAUUAAACUGGGUUUAUCGCUACUUUACAGAGCCACACUAUGUCCAUUGGAUAACUUGGAUAUCAGGAACUGUUCAGACAUUAUUGUAUGCUGACUUCUUCUAUUAUUAUUUCCAGAGUUGGAAAAACAAUGCGAGGCUUGAGUUACCAGCUUGAGAAAGCGGUUGGAAUAUGCUUUUAUUGGACUAAACUAGCUAUGCAUUUUGGUUGUAACUUCUAUUUCCCUUGAAUUUAUCCUGUUUGUGUUUGCUUCAGUAUGGCAUUUUAAGCCACACCAUUAGUAGUUUUAGAACACAACAUAUAUGUAGCAAAAUCACUAGUAAAUGACAUUGAACCAUUCUACAAUGGAAGAAAAACUGAAUGCAUUGAUUAUUAUAUCCAUGUUUAUGGAA